GACUCAUCGGCACCGGAAUAUCUAGUCCCAGCCCGUCUCCAUUAUUAUUAUUUUGAUGGUGGCAUUUAGCAGGGAGGGCAAAGCGCCCUCCCCUCCCCCCAAAGGCUCACGCCAAAGCCUCGAAUUAAUAGGGAGGGGAAGGAGCCGGCGCUAAACCACCGACUCCCUUCCCGCCCGAGGGCGCGCGUGGCGGCGACCUGGGUGCUACCACCUGCCGCGGUUUCCACACGUUCGUUCAAGACCGCAGCAAUGCCUGAUGGGCGUUGUGGUUUUGAGGGAGACCUGCGCGGCUCAAAUCCGGGGUGGAGUUGAGUUGAGGGGGGGCGGUUUGUCCUUGUGAUUGUGAGCAUGUGCAGAAGAGGGCAGGAUACGGUCUUGUGUACCAGGAGGUAGCACGCACACAUAUACACACACGACAGCGUUAUCUCGCCUCGCCGCUACCGACCGCCCCCCCCCUUUCCCACGCCACAACCUCCCGGCCAUGCCAUGUGUCUCUGUGCGUUGCCCUUGCAACGGGUGAAAGGGAUUCCGGGAGGAGACGGCCAGCCUUUCUGAUCUGCCUCCGAUGUUUUCUUGCUUCUGCUUCGGCAUCCAUCACCAUUCCUUCGCCAGCCCUGCUGCUUUGCCAGAGUGUGGCGAGGAUACUGAGUCUGUACAUGAAGACCAAACCGCCAAUUCCAUACACAGAGAUGAAAACAAAGAAAACUACCCAGACAAAGCUAUAGUCUUAGAGGAAAACCAGGCAGUGUUCCAAGACACACAAACACCCUGUGAUGGCAUAUUAAGGGUUGGAAUGGGGAACUUAAAAUCCCGAAAGCCCACAUCUAUUUCAAAAACAGAAAAUGGGAAAAACCGUGAAGAAAGUCAGGAGAUGGGAAAUGCAUUGCCAUGGCUUUCAGACUGUCAGAGGAAAACAGGGACACCAGCUAAUGAGUACACAGAGAACGUGGCAUUCAGAUACCAGGAAACAGUCAUCAAGUUUCAACCCAGGGUAGAUCAGAGUGCAUUCAUUUCACCAAAAGAUGCUACUGAAAAUUUACAUGACUUCCCUGAGGAAGAAAAUCCUCAGCCACCAGCUUCGAAGGACCCAGUCCCUUCCUCAGUUCUAGCCAGCGUGCAAGUUGAUGAGGAAACGAGUGGAGAGUCUGGACAGUUCAACAAAGAAGGUCAGGCAGAUGCCGACAAUGGACAUGAAGACCAUCAUUUCUUAGGGACUAGCAGACUGCUGUAUCACAUUACUGAUGGAGAUAAUCCUCUGCUGUCUCCUCGCUGCUCUAUUUUUAGCCAAAGCCAGAGAUUUAAUUUAGACCCUGAAUCAGCUCCUUCCCCACCAAGUGCUCAACUGUUCAUGAUGCCAAGAAGUUCUUCCAGAGGCAGCUGUGAUGACUCAAAAGAACCACAGACAAUAGCACAAGUUACAAAGCACCUACAAAGUCUUAAGAGGAAAAUCAGGAAAUAUGAAGAAAAGUUUGAGCAAGAAAAGAAUUAUCGGCCUUCCCAUGCUGAUAAAAUAUCAAAUCCUGAGGUAAUGAAAUGGAUGAAUGACUUGGCCAAAAGUCGUAAACAGCUUAAAGAGCUGAAGCUCAAAAUGUCAGAAGAAGAAAGUUGCCCCCUCAAAAAACCUCAAAGAAACCUUCCUCAGGAGAGCUCCAAAGAGACUGUGAAUCAGGACUCAGCAGGCGCUCCCUCGAGUCCAUCAGUAGAAGAAACCAUGGAUGGCAUGAUGAAACGGUUGACAGAGACUCGGCAGCAGCUCAGUAUCCCUGAAAACAUUAAGGCUAUGACAAAAAAGCAAAUGGCUUUGGAAAAACUCAGUCUCCAGAAAAGCCUACUCUAUUUUGAAAGUAUUCAUGGACGACCUGUAAAUAAGCAAGACAGGAGUCUGAUGAAGCCACUUUAUGAAAGAUACAGAAUUAUCAAGAAACAGCCUCACAUUGCUUUGCAAUAUCAUGCCUACAUUGCCGGCAAGAAGGAUGCUGAGCUUUAUAUGGUAAAUAAGCAAGACAGGAGUCUGAUGAAGCCACUUUAUGAAAGAUACAGAAUUAUCAAGCAGCUUCUGUCAACACCAUCUUUGAUUACAACCAUUGAGGAGGAAGAUUCUGAUGAUGAUCGCUCCCAGAGUGCUGAUGAAUUAUGUUCUGCUAUGAUGCUCCAUUUGCCUACUGGUGAACAUCUACAUCAUUCAGACGAGGACAAGGAGCCCACCUUUGUUUCCCCCCUGGAUGAAAAGAAAGCAAUCAAACAACCAGCUCUACCUAUGUCCAAUUUACAUGAGGCUACUAUGCCUGUGCUGCUGGAACAUCUCCGAGAAACAAGAGCUGACAAGAAAAGGCUAAGGAAAGUGCUACGAGAAUUUGAGGAACAGUUCUUGAAACAAACAGGGAGGACCCCCCAAAAGGAAGACCGCAUCCCCAUGUCAGAGGAGUAUUUGGAGUACAAGCAUAUUAAAGCCAAGCUUCGGCUACUGGAGGUUCUCAUCAGCAAGCAGGAUGUCUCAAAAACCCUAUGAAGCCAGUGACUUGCAAUAGUAAAAUUCCCUGGUGGGGAAAAAACAAGAGAGAGAAUGAGAGAGAGAAUUACACAGGUCUGGUUCUUUCUGCACAAUGAUUUGACAUCUUGAAAUUCUGAUGCACUUUAUUAAUGUUAUACCACUGCAGGUGAGCAAUUUUGUGCGCGUGCAGGUGUGAGAGAGAUUGAAACACAUGUGUGAAUUCAGGCAGUGGGAAUGACUGAAUGGAAGGAUGGUUUUUCCCUGUGAGUUGUCUCCUGGAGCUGGACCCAGCGUUCAUUCUGAUAGGCUUUCCCUGUGCUUUGCCACAGAAAAGCAUAUGUUUAGUGAGCUGUGUUGGUGGUGGCUCGUUUCUUCUAAAGCUCUACUAGGAUUUUUUCUCCUGCAAAUGCAGUCACGACAACUAUACUGAAUAUAGUGAAUGGAUGGAGCAACCUUGAAACAAGUUGUCCCCUUCCCCCCCUUCCCCCCCCAGGCCCAUCCUUUGCUCAUAUUGGGAAGAUGAUCACUCAGUCUUUCCAUAAAUGAAAUACAGAGGACGUGUGUAGGAAGGCACAUUUUUUUGAAGCCGUACAGUACAUCCAGGCUUCAGGCUGCUACCCAUCUUGUGCUAGUGGACUCUUGAUGUUCUGUUUGUCAAGAAACAGGAACAAACAGUCUAAAUUCCCCAGUUUAAUGGAAAUUCCUACUUACCUAGAAUGCCUACCACAUCCUGUGUGAUGUCAGAGCUGGGACAGAAGUGAGCAGGCAAUAUAAUUAUUCAUACAGACACCUCAUAACACAGAGAUGAGCAACCUUUCGCCAUUUCACUUCAUUAGUUGUGCUGGCUUCAAUUAAAGAGAGUUAGUCCAAAAUAUCUAGGGGAGAUGUUAGAGGUUCUCCAGUCCAUCCAUUGCACAGGUCUGGGUAAAAUAAAAACAUGCAUUAAAAUUAUUAGACAAUGCAAUAUAGUGAUUAAGCUGUAAUUAAAAUAUAAAUUUUCAAGUGGAGAAGUCUAGACUUUUAAGGUAUAAAUUAUGUAGAAGUCCUGGGUGAAUGAAAGGUUUCUCAGCUCUUUCUCAAAAAAUCAUAAAAGAUGGUACCAUGCGAACUCUUUUAGACAAUCAGUUCAGUAACUAGGAUGCCAUUGGCAAAACUUCCCCUUCCUUAUUUAAUUUGGAAGGAUCACUCAUAGCUGGGCCUCUGAAUGGGAUCUUAAGGCUUGGAUAAUUAAUUUUUCCAUGUAUAAAACUAUACUUUAGACUAAAAAUUGAGGGUCAUCUUAUACAUGCCUCUG